AUGGUUCUGUCUUGGAUUCAUAACUCAAUUCAAUCAUCGAUUGCUAAGUCAAUUCUUUGGAUUGAAAAAGCUCAUGAAGUUUGGAAAGAUCUUGAAGAACGAUUCUCACAAUCGGAUAUCUUCAGGAUAGCUGAUAUACAAGAAGACAUUCAUCGUCUUCAUCAAGGCAAUUCUUCAGUAAGUGACUUCUUUAUUGAACUUAAGACACUUUGGGAUGAACUGGAUAAUCUCCAGCCAUUACCAAAAUGCGUAUGUGGAGCUUCUGAUAAGUUGAAAAAAUCUAGAGAGCAAGAUCAGGCAUUUUCUCUAAUCUCUCAACAAGAACGCCAGAUGAAUCUUGAACAAGGUGUUUCAGGAGAAAUUUCAAUUGGAUCAAAGGCAUACGUAGCUGAACAGCAAAGAACUAAGACAUAUGUAGCUGAACAGCAACGACCUCGCACAGUACCUUUUGGCAGAGGUAGAACUGGAGGACGAGGACGUGGGACAAAGCUUUGUACAUAUUGUGGACGUACCAAUCACACAGUUGAGACGUGCUAUGCUAAGCACGGUUAUCCACCUGGAUUCAGAAACAACUGGAAACUUGCUUCCGCUAAUGCAAUUGAUGUAUCAGAUGAAAACGUCCAAUCUCAUGAAGAGAAUAAAGUUUCUCUGUCUCAAUCGGAAUAUCAGAAUUUUCUUCAGUUGAUGAAUCAAUCGAAAGUUGAUACAGUAGAGGAGAACAACUCUCAUACUGCACACUUUGCUCAAGCAAAACAUGAUGUGCAUGGUGUAGCUUUCAACACCAAUUCUGGUAAGAAUUUUAAGCAUUGGAUCAUCGACACUGGGGCAACCGAUCAUAUAAGUUGA